UGGUCGAGGCGCCCGUUCAUGAAUCCGCCCCCGUCCGGCUCUUCCGCCGCUGUGUCAGCUCCGCUCCCCUGCGUCCCGUCAGCCGAGUCAGUCGUCAGAGUGCGGGACUCGCUGCAGCGCUACGGGCAGGUGCAUCUGCAGUUGGAUCAGUGCCGUCGUAACUGUCAGUCAAGAUUUGUGAGGGACCAUGUUCUAGUGGCUCAUGCUGGCUGCCCACGCUCUACAAUGAACAAUGAGGAUGAGUUCUAUGAUGCCGUCACAGGCUUGGAUUCAGAUGAGUCGUGUGAGGGCACUUCAGAGGCCAGUUUUAAAGAUGCUAUAGUGGAUCACGGUGCUGAGAAGAACAAUGGCACCAUUCCACAGGAGAACGGAAUCAAGAAACGCAGGUCAGGCCUUCCUGCCCCCAUGUUCUCACGUAAUAACUUCAGUGUAUGGAGCAUCCUCAAGAAAUGUAUUGGACUGGAACUGUCCAAGAUCACCAUGCCCAUCGUCUUCAACGAGCCUCUCAGCUUCUUGCAGAGGAUCACGGAGUAUAUGGAGCACACAUACCUCAUCCACAAAGCCUGCACACUGUCAGACUCCAUAGACAGGAUGCAGGCAGUAGCUGCUUUUGCUGUGUCCGCUGUGGCCUCUCAGUGGGACAGAACUGGAAAGCCGUUCAACCCUCUUUUAGGAGAGACCUAUGAGCUCACACGAGAGGAUCAAGGCUUUAGGUUGAUUUCAGAACAAGUUAGUCACCACCCACCAAUCAGUGCGUUCCAUGCAGAGGGUCUGUCCCAGGACUUCCUUUUUCACGGCUCUAUAUACCCCAAACUCAAGUUCUGGGGCAAGAGUGUGGAGGCGGAGCCUAAAGGAACCAUUACGUUAGAACUCCUCAAGCAUAAAGAGGCAUACACAUGGUCAAACCCUUUCUGCUGUGUACACAAUGUGAUUGUGGGCAAACUGUGGAUUGAGCAAUAUGGCACUGUAGAGAUUGUCAACCACAGUACUGGAGACAAGUGUGUGCUCAACUUCAAGCCCUGUGGGAUGUUCGGCAAAGAGCUGCACAGAGUGGAAGGCUACAUCCAGGACAAAAGUAAGAAGAAGCGUUGUGUAAUCUACGGGAAGUGGACAGAAUGCAUGUGGAGUGUGGACCCGCAGGUGUACGAGUCCCAUCGCAAAAACGAUAAGAAAGGGACAACAGACACCAAGAAACAGAAACCUGAGGAGGCAGAAGUGGCUGAAAACGAGGAUGCAGAUGACAUGCCCGAGGUUCAGGAGACUGUAGCUGUGAUUCCUGGUAGCACUUUGCUGUGGAGAGUAUCACCUAGACCACCUAAUUCAGCAGAGAUGUACAACUUCACUAACUUCACCAUCACAUUGAAUGAGUUGGAGCCGGGCAUGGAGGGAGUUUUGGCCCCGACAGACUGCCGCCUACGGCCUGACAUCAGAGCCAUGGAGAACGGUGACAUGGAUGAAGCCAGCAGAGAGAAGGAGAGGCUGGAGGAGAAGCAGAGAGCAGCUCGUAAAGAGAGGGCCAAGGACAGUGAGGAGUGGUCCACCAGAUGGUUCGAGUUAGCCACGAACCCGUACACGGGAUCACAGGACUGGCUUUACACUGGAGGUUACUUCGAUAGGAAAUACACAGACUGUCCUGAUAUCUACUGACGAGGGACCUGCCUUCUGGAGCGCACUCAUUCUUCAUUCUUCACUCUUCCCGCCCUGCCUCACACCACAGCAUCCCUCUAACCAAGCAUCAUACUGUUCAUCUGGAACUGAUGUAGCAACGCUAGCUGUUCCUUAAUUACUGUUCACUUCAUCAUGCACUUCAAUCACACAAACAUCUGUUGCUCCCAGCACUUAGUGAAACAUCCUUUAGUAAUUUGGUCCAUAGCUACUGAAGAAAUCAGGGAUUUGAGUCCUCAAUCCAGUAAUAAAUCCUGUAUAUUUUUGCUGUUGGUGGGAAAACCGACAGGAGAGGAUCACAACACAACUUCAUUUAGGAGUUCAAACCAGAGGAUUCGUGUCGUUCACGACACAAGGAGGAAAGUACAGAAGAAGAGGAGAGACUGAGUCUCAGAGAAUUGCAUUUUUUCUCUGCCUUCGAACUCUUUAGAUCCACGUUUUACUAAAUAUAACAAAUCUCUUUAAUUCUCUCUCUGCCUAAUUUCAGUUCCUCUGACUAGACAUGUAGCUCUCAGAUACUGUCUCAGUGUUCAGCAGCAUCCUCAGAUAACGAACUGAAACGAGUCCACAAACGUCUUCAACCAAUUUACAGAUCUUUUAAUCCCACAAUGAAUAACACUGAGCUGCUUCUUCAAACAUGACUGCUCAAUGUUGGGUAGACCAGAGUCAAAAAAAAUCUAUGUUGGUAAAUAAUAGUAAUAAUAAUAAUAAUAAUAAUAGUAAUAAUAUAAUGUAUCGUACUGGUGAACUUAUUAGCUGAAUUAUGAUCUGAAUUGAGCUUUAGAGCUUUACAAUUCACAUAUUAGAAAAUUCAAACUUGGAAGAAAAAAAACGAGUAGCUUGUUAAUUGAUCAAUUGCAUUUUUUUUUCCUGUUCUGCACACAGCUCUCACAGUUUACUUCACGAUUUCUAUUCACACAGUAUGGUCAGUUUAUCACACUUACACUUAGGUGUGAUUCUUGUUCAUCCCCUGCCCUCGCAUUUUUUUAAUUCAGAAUGGCUCACAACUCACUCUAGCUAUUCAUUGAUUUAUUGAUUAAUUCUUGUAAUAGUUCACUAUUCACAAUACCUUCACGUUACAUUCAUUCUACCCAUAUUUUCAACGACACACACACUGUGCACUUGUUAAAACAGUCAGAACUAUGCAAACCCUGUUAAAAAAUAGCUUAAAUCCAAGCAUAUAUUAACCCAUACCCGUGUAAUAAGUAGGCAGUCUGAAUAUACAGUGGAUGUGAAAUAAUAUAGUUUAGUCAUAAUGAAGAAUGAGAAUCCAGUGUUUAUUAGAAAGGCAGUUGAUGUGACUCUAAAGCUCCAGCAAUCUCCCAUCUAGCUAAUAUCAUUCCUCUUCAGUGCCCACAUUGAUUGAUCUGUAUUUAUAAUAAUGUUGAUAGGUCCCUUAUGUGUAAAUGUAUUGUGCUUUAAUUUAGGCCACAGGAGAAAAAAACGUAAAAGCAUAUGUUGUGAUUUGUCUUAAUCACAUGGUUCUAUCUAGCUAUGAUUUGUGCAACGGAUAGUUGUCGAAAUUGUCCAAUACGCAGUGAUGCUAGAUUCUUUAAUUUCCUUUUUUUUUUUUUUUUUUUUUUUUUUUAAGAUUCCAGUCGUUUUUCUUUUCCCUCAGUGCCUGAAUUAAAAUGUGUAACAAAAAGUCACUAAUAUUUGACCAUUUUAUUCAGUUAGUCUUUCACUUUCACUCAGUCAUGUCAAUGUUUGUUUAAAAUCAGUUUCUGUCAUGUCAGCUAACCAAAUUUCACUUCCGCCUUUUUUUUUUUGUAAUAAUUUGAGAGGACAAUAAUGUCGACGUCAGCAAGAAUGUCAGCACAUUUUCACAAGCUGUUUGAUGUACACAUGCACACUUCAUUACACUACUUGAUUGCAUACAUUUAAUAUAGUUGCUCAUUCAUUUAAAUGUACAUUUGAUUAUUUGAAGACUAGCCAUAUAAAACUAAUAUACAACAUUAAAAUCUAGAUUUUAUUUGGCUUUGUGUGGAUUUAUUUUGUAAGUUCAGUGUUUUUAAUCACUCACACUUCACUGUACAUCUGUCUGUAUGUUCCUGUGUACAAAAACAAAUGCCUCUUUUUGUUGUUGUUCUCAGAUGUUGCACAUGUUUAGUAAUCACAAACACAUAGCUUAUUAUUUUGAGCAAUGGUUUAUUUUUAUAGUAUUUAAAUACUUUUUUUUGGUGAGAAAUAACAUUUUUAUUUUUCAUUUGGGGAUUAAUUUUUGGACUUAAUUUCCAUUAAAAGUUGAACGGAUGCCAUUCUGGUGUGAUUGAAUGCUACUAAUAGAUAUUAUACUUUAAAUUUGUUUCUUUUGAAAUAAAAUGUACGUUGAGGAGA